AUGAGUCGACAAGUUCCGUUUUUAAAAAGUGUACUCAACGAAGCCAAUGCUCACAAACGUCAACAGCGAUUACGGUAUGCGAAUAUUGAUCAAAUCAAUGCAGUGAGUGAACUAGUCCUGAAUACUUUACGUGGUGUUGUACCUCAAGGAAAGUUCACCUUGAAGAGAAUGAGACCUCACGCAUCCGUGUUACGAUUCAUUGCCAAUCCUAGAAAUUCGGCGAAACGUCGACGACACACCAUGAUUCAUCAAUUAGGAGCCGGCAAUCUAGUAUGGAAAGAAUUACGUCGAUGUUAUGAGUGUAGCCAGCGCCUAUAUAAAUAGCGUGUGUUUUCUAAACGACAUGUUAAACCAAGAUGAGACCGCAACUCGUGGACAUGUUGGUUCGCUUACUGCAGACGUUACGGGCUAUUCUAGUGACGCUUAAAGAACUGAGAGAGAUGAUGAAACAAAAAGUGACCUGGGCUAAACUCAAAGAGCUAGUAACACAGUUUUUCCAACGAGUGUAAAGCAGACCACACCUACCUAGAGGUCGAUCAGUCAAGAUGGUUGAGGACAUGAAAAGUAUCCCCGUGCAAGACUCAGUUGCGUUUUUACGAUUACGAGACCAUUACAAAAAUGACUUGUUGGAAGACAGUCGUUUAAACAAAGCCACACAUCAUCUCUUGUUAACGAGUCCAUCCUCAGAUGCGUGGAAACGACCUCAGUUAAAAGCUGUUGGCAGAGAACUAAGACAGUGGACUAAAUGCGUUCGUCAACCAGGUGGAAGUCGUGUGGGAGCGGGUGGAGGAGAUGUAGAGGAAGAGGAUGAGGAUGAAAUGAAUCUAGCCGCAGGACCUAUGCACACCUUGUUGACUAAAUUAUUACCAUCCCCAAAACGUAUAAAACAGACCCCCUCAUCUCCCCAUCCAGUUGUUACUCCAAAAGCAGGCGUGAAAAGGAAAGUGUCUUCAAGUGGUCCAACGAAACGCUCGUCUAAUUUAUCCAAGUCCUCUACUCCUAAAGGACCAGGGGCGCCGAAAAAGAAACGAGUCUCCUUAGCCGUCACGCCCAAAGGAAAAAAAACACCUAACAAGAAGCGACUGUAUUUUACACCACCCCAAUCCACCCCAGAACUAAUAGGUGGAGAAGAAUUAGCUGAAGAACUUCCUAUCUCAGGGGCUUUGGGUGAGCAACCGUGGAGUAAACCCAAGGAAAUUGCCCGCAACGUGUUUAAAUCGUUCCGUCGUAAAUCCAGAAAAGCCGAGGUACAGACCUUGAAACCAGUCCCAGGUUGGAAACCAUUUGGAACCCCCCUCCAAUGAAAACUUUAUGGCAAGGACUACUCGUAAACGCAAGACCUCUAGUAAAAGGCGACGUCUUCAAUGGGGAGGAAAGUUGGAUAUUCAGAAAUUGUUGAGCAACACUGGGAUCGAGUUCCACAUCCCCGGAUAUCAGUACGCAGGGCCUGGGACCAAGUUGGCCAAACGUUUAGCAAGAGGGGAUCCUGGGAUAAAUCGCUUAGACAAAAUUGCCAAACAGCACGAUAUCGCUUACAGUAAAGCCAAGAAUUUGCAAGAUAAAUGGAAAGCUGAUGACGUCAUGAUCCGAGCCAUUGAUCGAUUGCCAGGCAUGAAAAAGUUGACUGAAAGAAUGGUCAAAAAAGUAAUGCAAGCCAAGAGACGUCUUAAGUUAUGUGUUUUUUGA